UCUAUCUGUCCAAGUGUCUUUAUAGGGAAGAGCAUCAGAAUUUCCACAGCUCUCCGUCGACUGCAGAAACACACAGAUUGUUGAUAAUGGAUAAAGGACAGUUCCCCCCUCCAUAUCCUGGACCGCCAAUGGUCCAGACCAACACUCCCUACCAGAUGCCGCAGGUUUCCUAUCAAAGCCAACAAACUCCAGUCGUCACAUACAAUCCACCACCCCCACAGACGACUGUCAUGACAUCCAGCAUGCCACAAACGAUCCAGCCAUCCGUCAUGGCUCCAACGGUAGUUUACAACCAACAGCCCGUCACUCAGACUGUCCAACCUACACCUUCCCAGGUCACAGUAGUUAUUCCACCACGUCUGACUGAAGUUCCUGGGCAGAUGAACUGUCCUCACUGUCAGCAGCAGAUCGUCACGGAGACAAGACACAUCAAUGGGAUGUUGGUGUGGGUCAUCUGUGGAAGUCUUGGCAUUUUAGGGAUCUGGCCGUGUUGUUUGAUUCCAUUCUGUGUGGAUGCCUGCAAGGACGUAGAGCAUCACUGUCCAAGCUGCAAAAGCCUCGUCCAUGUGUACAGACGCAUGUAGCUUGUUCUUAAGUGAAGAAAAUCUGUAUGACCAUAAGAAAAACUUUACUGGCAGCAUCUUUUGGACAUUACUGGACUUCCUAAUUUAAAGAAAAAUAACACCAUAAUGUGGGUUUCUCUUUCUUUCUUUAUGCAAAUAUAUAUAGAUACUGAUGCAGAUAGAUAGAUAGAUAGAUAGAUUAAAAUGUUCUUAAUUGAAAGGUUUGCAAAACUUCAUUUUUCCCCAAAAAAUCCCUCAAAAAAAAAAACAAGAUUUGUUGUAUCAGAUUAUGUUUAUCUGACCACACCACAAAGGAUUAAUUUGCUUUAUUUUCAACUGAUUGCAACUAUGUGUACACUCUUAGAAAGGAUGUGUUAAAACCAACUCAAACUGUGUUAAAUUCUUACACAUCAGUGUGUGAGUUUAGGGACAACACUUGUUAAUUUUGACACAUUCACUGAGUCAAUGAUUUUAACACAGUGAAUGUUUCAGGAAGGUUAACCAGAGGUGUAGUCAAGACCGAGACCAAGACCAUUCAAGAGGGAAGUUAAUGAGAUCAUUAAGUCAUUAAUGAAGCACUAGUGAUGAACACCUGCUGUUAACAGACAGAAUAAUUGAAGGAAAGAGGAAAACAACAACAAAAUAAAACACCUGCGCUACUUCUGAACAUGAAGAUCAAAUUUGCAAUGGUUUCUUUGUCAAGUCCAGUCAAAAAACAUCACUUACACAUCAGUGUUGUGUUUUGGGACAACACUUGUGUUAAUUUUGACACAUUCACUGUCAAACACAGACAUUCAGAAUGUCUCAAAAAGAAUUUGUUAGAAAACGACUCAAAUUGGCUAAAUUCUUACACAUCAGUGUGUGAGUUUAGGGACAGCACUCGUUGUGUUAAUUUUGACACAUUCAUUAUGUGAUUAUUUUAACACAUUAAAUGUGUCAGGAAGGUGUUCUGUUGUUAACAAGCAGAAUCACCAAAGGAGAAAAUUAAAAUGUUUACAAUAAUAACCAACUUUUUAAAGUCACUUUAGUUGGGCUCUUGACCCAUGACUUUUUAAUAUUAGAUUUUGUUUAGCUGUUGUAAUUGAGUUGUAACAGCCAGACAAGCAAAGAGAAAAGAUGAUCAGGCAGCCAAACAAAAUCUAAUAUUAAAAAGUCAAGGGACAAGAGCCCUGACAUGUGGAAGUCAUUGACACGCACUGUAAAACCUUGCUGUAAAAAAUUCUGACAAUAACACCAUUUUCCAUUAAAACAGUAAUAUAUCAUAGAAAAAAAAGCAUUCUGGGUAAAAUUUGUCAUUUUCGAGAAAGUAGCCUACAGGAAUAUACUGUGAGUUAACAUCACUCAAAGUCGACACUUAGAGGCUGUGUUCCAAAUCACACCCUAUACCCUCAUUUACUAUUCCCUACAUUAGUUCAUUAAUAUAGUCCACUUGACAGAGUGAAUGAAAAGAAGUGAGUGAAUUCAGACACUGAUAAACACCUGAGAAGCAGAAUCACUGAAGGACAGAGAAACAAGACCAGAAAAAUGAGGAGAGACGAGCAGAAACACAAGAACUAAAACUGACUUCAGCCACACUGAGUGUGAAACCAGUUUAUAAAACAGUCUGACAUUAUUUCUUUCAUACAUGUACAGAAGUUCUUGUUGAGAAUGAACAGAUUUGGAUGUUGAUGUUUUAUUGAAAAUAAUAAAGUUUGUAGUCACCAUCGUAGUGACCAGUGUU